UAACGUUAGACUCAAAUUAACCAGAAUAUGUGAGCCGGUUAAUCAUGCAAGGAGCGGAUGAUCUUAUAAAAGCUUUUCUUAACCCAUUAAUCCAUUGGUUAGGUUCAUCCGAAGCGCCGAAUGUCUCGCAAAAUCAAAGUGCUGGUUAUUGGAGCGGGGAAUCGGGGGGAAAAUUAUUCUUCUUAUGCCUUACAUUUCCCAGAACGCAUGAAGGUGAUUGGCGUGGCCGAUCCUCGAGAGCUUGUCCGAAACAGACUCCAAGAAGCCCACAGGAUCCCAGAGGAGAAUGUUUUUGACGAUUGGACUGCCGCUGUGGAACGAGAAAAGUUUGCUGAUGCUGUGAUCAUAACAACUCCGGACAGACUCCAUAAGGCACCAGCAGUAGCUUUUGCGCAGAAAGGAUAUCACAUCUUGUUGGAGAAGCCCAUGGCAGUAACAGCAGAAGAUUGUGCAGAAGUAGUUCAGGCGUGUAAAAGCAACAACAUUAUCCUUGCGGUGUGCCAUGUCCUGCGUUACCAUCCUGUCACCCUGAAGAUAAAGGAACUGCUCGAUGCUGGCUUGAUUGGGGACAUCUGCCAUAUUCAACAUCUGGAACCGGUAGGAUUCUGGCAUUUUGCCCAUUCCUUUGUCCGGGGCAAUUGGAGAAAUGAAGGUGAAAGUUCUUUCUCUUUGCUGGCCAAAUCCUGCCAUGAUAUUGACCUUAUCAAUUUUUGGAUGGGGAGUAAAAGAUGUUUACACGUUUCUUCGUUUGGAAGUCUCUCCCAUUUCACAAAAGAGCACAAGCCUGAAGGAGCUGGUAGCCGCUGCUUAGACUGUUCAGUGGAAGCAAACUGUCCGUAUUCGGCUCGGAAGAUCUAUCUGGAGCGAGCAGAAUGGGGCUCAUUUAACUGGCCAGUGUCGGUCGUCUGCAGCAACGGUGGGCGCGACAUAGAAACCCUGAUGGAGGCCUUGCACCUCGGCCCGUACGGAAGGUGUGUUUACGAUUGUGACAAUGAUGUUGUUAGCAACCAGGUGGUCAAUAUGGAAUUUGAAGGCGGGGCGACUGCCGCCUUCACAAUGGUCGCUUUUACGGAAAAACUGGGGGAGAGAACGACGACGAUCUAUGGGACGAAGGGCGAACUUUCCUGCGAAGGGGAGCGAGGCCCUGUGGAGAUCUUUGACUUUCUUCAGAAAAAAAAGACCUUGGUUUCUCCCCGUAUAGAGCCGGGCAUCCCUGCUAGUUUGCAGGGUCACUAUGGCGCGGAUUACUACUUGAUCGACAGCUUCGUUUCAGCCGUAUCUGAGAAUGACCCGUCCCGAAUUCCAACCAGCCCGGAAGAGACCCUCCGGUCUCACCUCCUGGUGUUUGCGGCCGAGCAAGCUAGACGAGAAAACCGAGUUGUGGUGGUAGAAACAGGACAAGAAAACUGGUGCGCACAGCCAGCCCCGCUCCAGCCAGAGACUGGCUGCUGCUCGUUGCAAAUGAGUCCGAAAACACUUCCAGAAAUGACUGGGUAAAAACACUCUCCCUUCAACCACCCUUCUGAAGUAGCUUGCUCUGGGACGCAGGACUACAGCCCUCAUCGUCCACUCCAGCACGCACGACCCCAGGACAAUGGCCGCUAUUGUAUCAAGCUUCACCAGGGGUAGGAUGGUGAGCAAACACCAAGCGAAGGGCGUCCCCUGUUUCUAUGAUACCAGAUUACCAGCUCUCUGUAGGAAAAUGUGCAUUUGCUGGGAAAUCUUGCAAUGGAGCUGCUGCGCUUUUUACGAGGGACUUUGCAGAAAACUAAAUUGGUAAAUUUGUGGAACUUCCAGGGCCCGUCGGCCAGCCCACCUGAAUGAUUUACCGGCCGCCUUUGCACAGCAUCGACCCCAAACCUUGUGUGGUUAAUUCAGUUUUGGCUUUAAUUGCACAAACAGGCAUUCUGGCUGGGAAGCCACCGAGCCGGGUUUGCGCAGCUCUGCAUUCUGUCCGGUGCACGCCGUGAGGCGCACACAGCCUUCUCGAAGAUCGGAGCCAGCUUUUCUGGCAGUGGGGGGCCGUAAGAAUUUUGCUGGGCCGUAAGAAUCAGCGCCGGCCGGAUUUGAAGGGGCCGUAUGGUUUCGCUUCUCCAUCCGCGCGUGGGGUUUUCACACUCCGCCCAUCAGCUUUGCUGCUGUUCCUCCUUGCCAG